CUGUUUGGACAGUGCUGAUCACAUGUACUCUUCCAAGAAAAAAACCUCUCUAGCAAUACACACCAAACUGAGCAUGUGCAAAGUGUCUCCACACCAUGAGGUAAGAGGGGGGCAAUGGAAGAAGGGGAUGAUCAGAGAAGUCAGGAUCAAACAGCUUUUUUACACAAUGCAGAGGAUUAACCCCUUAGGUUCCACAGUCAGUAUAACAAGCAUGCUUUAAUGCAUAUACAGACUGAUUGUACUGUUGUGGGUUUA